GAGAGAGAGCGAGAAUGAGAGCAUGAGUCUGUGUGCUGGCCAAGCCAGCAGCCCCUCCUGUGGACUGGCUUGGCUUUUACCUGCAGAAGACUUUGUACCAGGCUCUCCAUGACGCUGUCCCCUGUAGGACCUGCAGAAAGCCUCUCUGGACGCCAGAGCUGGGAGCCCCAGGCAAACCGACCAGGCUGCAGAACUUGUCCAGCCCUCUCCAGGAAGCCAACUUGACUCUCAGAGUCAGCUCACCCUCAUCCGCCAAGGUGUGUCCUGCUCCAGCAUCGGUGUGACCGUAAAAGGAAGUCACCCCACUCUGCCUUGCACCUGCCUUUCCAUUUUGGGGAGACUUUUGUUGGCUGACCAGGACUUCCAAGCCAGGCUGGUUCUGUUUUCUCUCAAAGGCCUUUCUUCUUCUGUCACCACAGCUCUAUAAAGUGUGAGGAACACAAGCACAUCAUGUGUCAAGGAUGCACGACGCUGAGACCCUUUGCACGGCUUGCUCAGGUUCCAUAGUGAGAGGGUCUGUGUGGAAUCCAGCGGAAGCCCUGCCGCAUCAGCACCUGGAAGCCGUCCUGGGGAAGCAGGUCCAAGCCUGAACCCUCAGCACAGCCCUGGCCUGCCCUCCUUCUGAUGGCCAGGAAGCCAGACCCUGUCCUCUGAAGCCAUGGGGCCCUCCCACUCCGCGGUCCUGUCCAUGACAAAGCUCGGUCUGUGGUGGUUCCUUCUGAUCCCAGCAGGGUCGGCACGGCGAGCCUCCCACAGCCAAGCUGAGGACCGCCUCUUCAAACAUCUUUUUAGGGGUUACAACCGCUGGGCACGGCCGGUGCCCAAUACCUCGGACGUGGUGAUCGUGCGCUUCGGGCUGUCUAUUGCCCAGCUCAUCGAUGUGGAUGAAAAGAACCAAAUGAUGACCACCAACGUCUGGUUAAAGCAGGAGUGGAAUGACUACAAGCUGCACUGGGACCCGGCUGAUUUCGGCAACAUCACAUCCCUCCGGGUCCCUUCGGAGAUGAUCUGGAUCCCUGACAUUGUCCUCUACAACAAUGCAGAUGGGGAGUUUGCGGUGACCCACAUGACCAAGGCCCACCUCUUCUCCACGGGCACGGUGCACUGGGUGCCCCCUGCCAUCUACAAGAGCUCCUGCAGCAUCGACGUCACCUUCUUCCCCUUCGACCAGCAGAACUGCAAGAUGAAGUUUGGCUCCUGGACCUAUGACAAGGCCAAGAUCGACCUGGAGCAGAUGGAGCAGACGGUGGACCUGAGGGACUACUGGGAGAGCGGCGAGUGGGCCAUCGUCAACGCCACGGGCACCUACAACACCAAGAAGUAUGACUGCUGCGCCGAGAUCUACCCCGACGUCACCUACUACUUUGUCAUCCGGCGCCUGCCUCUCUUCUACACUAUCAACCUCAUCAUCCCCUGCCUGCUCAUCUCCUGCCUCACCGUGCUGGUCUUCUACCUGCCCUCGGACUGCGGCGAGAAGGUGACGCUGUGCAUCUCCGUGCUGCUCUCGCUCACCGUCUUCCUCCUGCUCAUCACCGACAUCAUCCCCUCCACCUCCCUGGUCAUCCCGCUCAUCGGCGAGUACCUGCUCUUCACCAUGAUCUUUGUCACGCUCUCCAUCGUCAUCACGGUCUUCGUGCUCAACGUCCACCACCGCUCCCCCAGCACCCACACGAUGCCCCACUGGGUGCGCGUGGCCUUUCUGGCCUAUGUGCCCCGGUGGCUUCUGAUGAACCGGCCCCUGCCCUCCUCGGAGCCCCGCAACCCCCCAGAUCUGAAGCCCAGCUCCUCUUAUCACUGGCUGGAGACCAACGUGGAUGCAGAGGAGAGGGAGGAGGAAGAGGAGGAAGACAGAUGGGUGUGGGCGGUCCAUUCAUCCCCCUCCCUGGGUAUGCUCUGCGGCCAUGGUGGUCUGCACGAAGGGGCCUCAGGUCCCAAGGCGGAGGCCCGGUUGCAGGAGGGUGGGCUUCUGCUGUCACCUCGCAUACAGAAGGCACUGGAAGGUGUGCACUAUAUUGCCGAUCACCUGCGAUGUGAGGAUGCUGACUCUUCGGUGAAGGAAGACUGGAAGUACGUGGCCAUGGUCAUUGAUAGGAUAUUCCUCUGGUUGUUCAUCAUCGUCUGCUUCCUGGGGACCGUUGGACUCUUUCUUCCUCCAUUCUUGGCUGGAAUGAUCUGAUUUCCUGUUCCUUGCUUGGACCCAAAGGUGACCCUGCUGACCAUCUUUAACCACCGUCCCCUCUAGAGUACGCCUUUAGGGUCAACGCCCUCUGACUGCAGGCGCCUCUCUGUGGAGUCCCUACACAGGCCUAAUCAUCCAACACUCCUUGGGUCAAUUCACUUGACGUUAUUGUACUAUGUGCUGAGAAUCUGCUGGGCACAGAGCCCAGUUUUGGAUGC